UACUGCUAAAAAAAGAUUGACGGGAAUUAGCAUGGCAGGGCCGACUCUUUUUGUAAUAUUUCUAUUUUUUGUCAAUACAAAGCAUACCGAGUCAACACUGAAUGCGGAAAAUAUCCUGAUCAAUGUGACAGCAGGCGCACUGGCAGAUACAGAAGAGUCUAACAACUUGCAGAUUACUUUAAACAUAUCGGUGAGCGAGGAGGAGGUAUUGGUAAAUGAUGUUCCUGUUCAGUUGUCGGGGGUGACCAGAUUCAACUGUCAAGCAGUGCUCUUGGAUAGCACCAAUGGAAGCAGGGAGUAUGAAGGCGGGGACCUGGUGUCAACCGUUACCCGGGUUAUGGUGACUCAGAACCGACUCUCUAGUGACUUGGAAGAAUUGGUGGCCCUGCAGGUGUUUAGUGAAGUCAUUGAGUUGGAGGGCAAACAGGUUCAGCAGCCUGAUAUGUGUGAGGUGAAAAUACUGAUGAGCCCAGAUUUCCAGAAGCUGGCUCAAUUUACCAACAUUUACCCCAUCGGACACAGCGAGAUCUUCAAAGUUUCCAGAGAUGAUGACGUGGUCGUCACAGAUCCAACAAACCCUAUCAAAGAGGAGCAAAUGAUGCUACAGACGACCAGUCAGUACCCACUAAAACACUCCGAGACGACACAAGAAGAGAUUGCAGCUCCGGGAAAACUACCAGAGACGCCGCUUCGCAUGGACCCUGACCUCUUGAAUGAUAUCAAAUCUGAAAAAGCCGAAGAUGGAGACCUGGGCCAGCAAGACCAGAUUCCAACUGAGAGUUCACCAAAACAAUUCCUCUCGUACUCGGCCAUGUGUCAUUGGGUGGAAGAAAUCAGAGCCCGUCUGAGACACUUCUGCGCCGAGUCACUGCCUCUCUUCUUCCUGGUUAUGGGGGUUGUCGUCAUUGGUGUUGCUGGAUCAGCAGUCAUUGUCAAGAUAUUGGACUGCUUCUUCCCAACUCGUGAACAAAAGCAGAUUUGUCAUCUAAACACAUUGAGUCUGAGGCCGGACGAAGAGAAGCACAUUCUCCUGGAGAACACAGAAUUAGAAGAAGAGGAUGAGUGAGGCAUUAAAUGAGGACUGUCCUGCCAGUUCUUCAUUUUCUUUUGUGCCGUGUGGAAUUUGGAGAAGCAAAGCAUGCUGACUGCACGUUGAUUAAUCGUAUUCAUCCGAGUGGCGAAAUAUGCAAACACUUGGGUACAGUGCUUUCCUACGAACAGAAGUUUGUCAGCUGCCGAUUUCGAUUGGGAAAAAAUGGAUACGUCACCCAUCUAUUCAUUACAUUAUUUUAUGUCCAAGAAAAAUCCGCUUUUAAUUUGGCGCAAUUUACGAUCUUCGAAAUUAAGAUUAUUUGCCAACUUCCGACGAAGAGCAUGCACUUUCAUAUUCUUAUAUAUUGGAGCGGAUGAGAACAUCCCAAAGAUUCCUGCUGGACUGCACUGUGGUCACCGCAACCAUGAAUCUGUCGUUCUGUUUGUAAAGGCUGAAUUGAUCCGGCCUCGGAUUAGAUAUCAUCCGUGUACUUCAUGUGAGAGUCGGUGAGUGGAUAAACCGGUGUAUG